UCCUGGUAGUUAUUUGAGCGGCGGCGGCGGCCGGAGGACAAGGAGAGCGGCGGCUGCAGCAGCGGCGGGAGCUGCGAAGGGGCGGCGGGGAUUCUCGGGGCUGGCUGCUGGGAAGGCGUGGGAGACCCGGUGUGUGGCGCGCCCGGAGCCCCGCGUUUCAGCCCGAGGGAAGGAAGCCAGUUGAGGGAAAUUCUCCAUGAAUGUAUGUCACAAUGAUGAUGACCGACCAGAUCCCUCUGGAACUGCCACCAUUGCUGAACGGAGAGGUAGCCAUGAUGCCUCACUUGGUGAAUGGAGAUGCAGCUCAGCAGGUUAUUCUCGUUCAAGUUAAUCCAGGUGAGACUUUUACAAUAAGAGCGGAGGAUGGAACGCUUCAGUGCAUUCAAGGGCCUGCUGAAGUUCCCAUGAUGUCACCCAAUGGAUCCAUUCCUCCCAUCCAUGUGCCUCCAGGUUAUAUUUCACAGGUGAUUGAAGACAAUACUGGAGUCCGCCGGGUGGUGGUCACACCCCAGUCUCCUGAGUGCUACCCCCCAAGCUACCCCUCGGCCAUGUCUCCAACCCAUCACCUACCCCCCUACCUGACUCACCACCCGCAUUUUAUUCAUAACUCACACACAGCUUACUACCCACCUGUUACUGGACCUGGAGAUAUGCCGCCUCAGUUUUUUCCUCAGCAUCAUCUUCCCCCUACAAUAUAUGGUGAACAAGAAAUUAUACCACUCUAUGGAAUGUCGAGUUAUAUCACCCGAGAAGACCAGUACAGCAAGCCUCCGCACAAAAAGCUGAAAGACCGCCAGAUUGACCGCCAGAAUCGCCUCAACAGCCCUCCUUCUUCGAUCUACAAGAGCAACUGCACAACCGUGUACAACGGCUACGGGAAGGGCCACAGUGGUGGUGGCGGCGGAGGCGGGGGAGGAGGCAGCGGUGGGCCGGGCGUUAAGAAAACAGAGCGGCGAGCAAGAAGCAGUCCGAAGUCAAGUGACGCAGACUUGCAAGAGUAUGAGUUGGAAGUAAAGAGGGUGCAAGACAUUCUUUCGGGAAUAGAGAAGCCACAGGUUUCUAAUAUUCAGGCAAGAACGGUUGUGUUGUCCUGGGCUCCCCCUGUUGGACUUUCGUGUGGACCCCACAGUGGUCUUUCCUUCCCCUACAGCUACGAGGUUGCUCUGUCAGACAAAGGACGAGAUGGAAAAUACAAGAUAAUUUACAGCGGAGAAGAAUUAGAAUGUAACCUGAAAGAUCUUAGGCCAGCAACCGAUUAUCAUGUGAGGGUAUAUGCUAUGUACAAUUCCGUAAAGGGAUCCUGCUCUGAGCCGGUUAGCUUCACCACCCACAGCUGCGCACCCGAGUGUCCUUUCCCGCCUAAGCUGGCACACAGGAGCAAAAGUUCACUAACCUUGCAGUGGAAGGCACCAAUUGACAACGGUUCAAAAAUCACCAACUACCUUUUAGAAUGGGAUGAGGGAAAAAGAAACAGUGGUUUCAGACAGUGCUUCUUUGGGAGCCAAAAACACUGCAAAUUGACAAAGCUGUGUCCGGCAAUGGGGUACACAUUCAGGCUGGCUGCUCGGAAUGACAUUGGCACCAGUGGGUAUAGCCAAGAGGUGGUGUGCUACACGUUAGGAAACAUUCCUCAGAUGCCCUCUGCACCAAGACUUGUUCGAGCUGGGGUCACAUGGGUCACACUGCAGUGGAAUAAACCAGAAGGCUGUUCACCUGAGGAAGUAGUCACCUACACCUUGGAAAUCCAGGAGGACGAAAACGAUAACCUUUUCCACCCAAAAUACACUGGAGAGGAUUUAACCUGUACUGUGAAAAAUCUCAAAAGAAGCACACAGUAUAAGUUCAGGCUGACUGCUUCUAAUAUGGAAGGGAAAAGCUGCCCAAGUGAAGUUUUGGUUUGUACGACGAGUCCUGACAGGCCUGGACCUCCUACAAGACCCCUCAUUAAAGGACCAGUUACAUCUCAUGGUUUUAGUGUUAAAUGGGAUCCUCCAAAGGACAACGGUGGUUCAGAAAUACUCAAGUACUUGCUAGAGAUUACUGAUGGAAAUUCUGAAGCAUCGGGGAUCAGAGUCUGCUUGAAAUCGAGUCAGUGGGAAGUGGCCUACAGUGGGUCGGCUACAGAGUACACUUUCACCCACUUGAAACCAGGCACUUUGUACAAACUCCGAGCAUGCUGCAUAAGUACUGGUGGACACAGUCAGUGUUCUGAAAGUCUCCCUGUUCGCACACUAAGCAUUGCACCAGGUCAGUGUCGCCCACCGAGGGUUUUGGGUAGACCAAAGCACAAAGAAGUCCACUUAGAGUGGGAUGUUCCUGCCUCUGAAAGUGGCUGUGAGGUCUCAGAGUACAGCGUGGAGAUGACGGAACCUGAGGAUGUAGCUUCGGAGGUGUACCACGGGCCCGAGCUUGAGUGCACCGUUGGCAACCUACUUCCCGGAACCAUGUAUCGCUUCAGGGUGAGAGCUCUGAAUGAUGGAGGGUAUGGUCCCUAUUCUGAUGUCUCAGAAAUUACCACGGCUGCAGGGCCUCCUGGACAGUGCAAAGCACCUUGUAUCUCUUUUACGCCUGAUGGAUGUGUCCUAGUGAGUUGGGAGAGUCCUGAAAGCUCUGGUGCUGAUAUCUCAGAGUACAGGUUGGAGUGGGGAGAAGAUGAAGAAUCCUUAGAACUCAUUUAUCAUGGGACAGACACCGGCUUUGAAAUGAGGGAUCUGUUGCCUGCUGCACAGUAUUGCUGUAGGUUACAGGCCGUUAAUCAAGCUGGAGCAGGACCAUACAGUGAGCUUGUCCUUUGCCAGACGCCAGCAUCUGCCCCUGACCCUGUCUCCACUCUGUGUGUCCUGGAGGAGGAGACCCUCAACGCCUAUCCUGAUCCGCCUUCUGUGUGCCUUGUACUGAGCUGGGAAGAACCGUGCAAUAAUGGAUCUGACAUCCUUGCUUAUAAUAUUGAUCUUGGAGACACUAGCAUCACUGUGGGCAACACCACCACCCACGUUAUGAAAGACCUCCUUCCGGAAACCACCUACCGGAUCAGAAUUCAGGCCAUAAAUGAAAUUGGAGCUGGACCAUUUAGUCAGUUCAUUAAAGCAAAAACUCGGCCGUUACCACCGUUGCCUCCUAGGCUCGAAUGUGCCGCUGCUGGGCCCCAGAGCCUGAAGCUGAAAUGGGGAGACGGUAACGCCAGGACGCACGCGGCUGAUGGCACGGUGUACACACUGCAGCUGGAGGACAGAAACAAGAGGUUUAUUUCAAUCUACAGAGGACCCAGCCACACCUAUAAGGUCCAGAGGCUGACUGAAUUCACAUGCUACUCCUUCAGAAUCCAGGCAGCCAGCGAGGCUGGGGAAGGGCCUUUCUCGGAAACCUACACCUUCAGCACAACCAAGAGUGUCCCCCCCAGCAUCAAAGCACCUCGAGUAACACAGUUAGAAGGAAAUUCAUGUGAAAUUUUAUGGGAGACGGUACCACCCAUGAAAGGCGAUCCUGUCAACUACAUUCUGCAGGUAUUGGUUGGAAGAGAAUCUGAGUACAAACAGGUGUACAAGGGAGAAGAAGCCACAUUCCAAAUCUCAGGCCUCCAGACCAACACAGACUAUAGGUUCCGCGUGUGUGCGUGUCGUCGCUGUUUAGACACCUCUCAGGAGCUAAGCGGAGCUUUCAGCCCCUCUGCGGCUUUUGUACUACAACGAAGUGAGGUCAUGCUUACAGGGGACAUGGGGAGCUUAGAUGAUCCCAAAAUGAAGAGCAUGAUGCCUACUGAUGAACAGUUUGCAGCCCUCAUUGUGGUUGGCUUUGCAACUUUGUCCAUUUUAUUUGCCUUUAUAUUACAGUACUUCUUAAUGAAGUAAACAAACCCAGCAAAACUAGAGGUAUGAAUUUAAUUAAUGCUACACAUUUUAAUACACACAUUUAUUCAGAUACUCCCCUUUUUAAGCCCUUUUGUUCUUUGAUUUAUAUACUUGUUUUACAGAUUUAGCUAGGAAAAAAAAAUAUCAGUGUUUUGGUGCACCUUUUUGAAAUGCAAAACUAGGAAGAGGUUAAACUGGAUUUAAAAAAAAAAAAAAAAGAAGAAACAAA